GGUUAUUAAUUAACAAAUAAGCUCAAUUGUUAGCUGGUGCUGUUUAGAUCUCAGAACAUACUAGCCUCCCCCACCAACACCAAUAAGUUUGUUAACUACUCUUAUUAACAACUCUAACAACGCAGACUCUCUGUCCUCCUUUAUGACUCCUCACUCUUUGACUUUUUGACUCACAGUCAUCAGUACAGGAUAGUCUUAUAUCCCGCGUUCCGUUCCGGGUGUUACUUUUUCCCAUUGAGAACGCAGGAAAAGGUUGUCCCAAUAAUCCGGAAUGAUUAUUAAACAAAAUUAUUUCCGGAGGCGAUCUGAAAAAAAAACCGAUCUGAGAAGAUCAUCAAUCAUUUAUAUUCAUAACAACUCGUCCUCAGGUAACAAAAGGUAAUAAGUCCAGCCGGUUAUACAGAAAGAAAAGUGAGAGCCAGAACAAGAGGGGGGGUGGAGUUCGGCAUCCAUCGGUACACACGGUCACCAAUCCUCCAGUAGUUGUCUGACUCGUCUCGGCGAACCUUCCACCGACCUGAACUUCAUGUCUCCAUUGAGCGAAAACUCGCCUGGGCCUCGUCCUACAAAUUACAGCAUGACUUGACAUCGAAGGGGAAAGAAAUUUACAAGCAGUUUAUAUGAACAGGGUGUGAAAUGGAAUGUUGGAAAACGAGAAGAACUCACCCGUGCAAGAUCAUACUUUUGGACCACCAAGAGAUCAUCGAAGAAAUGACUGAAAGUACCAAAGGGUCAGAAAUUAUGAAUGGAGUUUUCAAACAUCUGAAUAUAAUAGAAACCGCACAUUUUGGACUGAGAUACAUUGAUCCCAAUAAUCAGACGCACUGGUUGGAUUCUAAGAAGACAGUUUUUAAACAACUCAAAGGCAAAACAAGGUUUACUCUUUAUUUUGGGGUUAAAUUUUAUGCAGUAGACCCUUGUAAACUGACAGAAGAAGUUACCAGGUACCAAUUCUUUCUUCAAUUGAAGCAGGAUAUCCUUCAAGGAAGACUUCCCGUGUCAUUUGAGUUGGCAGUUGAAUUAGGAGCCUAUCUUGUCCAAUCUGAAUUAGGCGAUUUUGAUCCUAGAAGGCAUACAGCAGGCUAUGUAUCGGAAUUUCGUUUUGUCUCAAAUCAAACUGUCGAGAUGGAAAACAAAAUCGCCGAACUUCACAAAGAACUUGUAGGUCAGCAGCCUGCACUUGCAGAACUAAAUUACCUAGAGAAAGUAAAAUGGCUUGAGAUGUAUGGUGUAGAUUUGCAUCCUGUUCUGGGCGAAGACAAUACAGAAUACUUUUUAGGUCUUACACCCACUGGUGUAAUAGUAUUAAGAAACAAGAACAAAGUAGCUAGCUAUUUUUGGCCAAGAAUUACAAAAAUAUUUCACAAAGGGAAAUAUUUCAUGAUAAGGAUCAAUGACAAAAAAAAUGAAGAAAACACUUUUGGCUUUGAAACACCGUCAAAAGGAGCCUGCAGGCAUUUAUACAAAUGCUCAAUCGAGCAUCACAACUUCUUCAGGCAGACACAAUCAACUGCUAACCCGAGUGGGCUGAAAGACUCAACGGAGUACGGGAGAAGCCGUGCCAACCAACCAUUCGUCAGAGUUCCAAGUAGGAGGUUUCAACGAAGAAUAAUCGAAAAUGUGCCAGCAAAAUCAGAAGAAAAAGUUAUUGAACAAGAGUCUCCUUCACCUACCGAAACAAACUUGUUUUCACAAAUAGAACAAUGGAAGAGAAGUGAUUCCCCUAGGAGCACCCAAAGUUUACCACCAGCAAGAGGUCUUUAUUCAUCUAAUUUACGGAUUUCUUCUUCAAGAAGAUCUGUCUCAGUUGAAAGUCGAUCUUCGAAUGAUUCCAAAUCUUGCAAAAGUAACACACGCCAUAAUAGCAAAAGGAGGGGUUCAGACAAUGAGAGCGAGAUUUCGAAAUGUUCUGGGAAAUCGAGACGAAGACGAACAAGGAGUAAGCAUUCGUCCGGGAGUGAACGAGACCACCGUAAACGCCGAAGUUCAUCUAGUCAAAAGUAUGUUCUGGUCGACUCUAAGGAACAAUGGAAAGAAGUUCAAAGAAAACAAGCAGAAGGAUGUCUUGUACAAAAAGCCAAAGUUAUCACAUCGACAAGAUCUCAUUCAGAAAGAGGUUAUGUAGAGAAAGACCAUGAAUUCAAUCAUCAUAAAAGUAGACGUCAUAGGAAACACAGGUCAAGGUCGCCUUCUGAAACCAAAACCCACAUGCCUGAGGAACUGAAAAAGCAUUUGCAGUUCAGUCUUGUCGAUACUGCAGGGAUGACUGAAAGCCAGCUGCGAGAAAUCCCAUACAAAGUUGUCGAAACCAGCACAGCCAAGGCAAUCAGGAUUAAACUAUCUCCGACAACGAGAAAAGCUUACUCGAGUUCUCACAGGACCAAACGGUAGAUCCCAGUAAGUGAUGAGCAGGUGAAAAUUUCCAAAGAAACUUCAGGGAUUGUCCAAGAAACGAGUGCAGAGUUCAGAUAAUUUAAAAAAAAAGUAUCAAAGGGAAAUUUGGUCGCACCAAAAAGGCAAUAAAACUGCAGUCUUGUGUCCGUAUAAGUGGUCAUUUUGUAAUUAUUUUAAAUUAAAUCCAGUAUAAAGACAAAUUAUCGAUUUUAAAACAAGUUAGACAAGAAAAUGAACAAUUAUUAAUUUAUUUGUAUAAAUGUAUAUAAUUUAUGUGUAACAAUUGUGACGAAACACAGGAGUUCGUUCAUGAAAUAAUAAUGUGCUUAAAAAGUAAAUAUUUAUUUGUUUUCUUGUGAUUAAACUAAUUAAUAACAUAUUUUGUAUUAAUAAAUAAAAUUGGUCA